AAAGUAAUUAAAGUCUCCAUAUAUUCCUCGUGCUUAACCCACCCCACCCCCACUCAUACCUCACGUCCACUUCCGUGUUUGAAUUGAAAUAUAUAUACAUGUGCUUUUAACCUGUAGUCCUCAACUUUACUUUCGUUCAACAAGAAGAAAGAAGAAAGAAGAAGAAAGAAGAAAGAGAAGAAGAUCUUUAGUGUUUUUCGAGUGAUAAGAAAAGUAUUUAGUAAUGGCUUCAUCAGAGAUUGUGGAUUCUGGCAAAUUGGCUGGUCAGAGAUCGCAUUUCUCUCAUACGUGUAGCUUGUUGAGCCAAUACUUGAAAGAGAAGGGUUCUUUGGGAGAUCUUUAUCUUGGUAUUAGCCGCAAUUUUGAUUCAACUGGCUCUGCUACUAUGGAUUUGCUUCCAAUGAUUGAGAAAUCGGCAGCAACGAAUACUCAGAAAUCGAUGAAUCUGUUCCUUCAAGGUGCAACCAAGGCUGAAUCGAGUAUUGAUAAAUCACAGAUGACCAUAUUUUAUGCAGGUCAAGUUAUUGUUUUCAAUGAUUUUCCGGCAGAUAAAGCUAAGGAAAUCAUGCUUAUGGCUAGUAACAACGCCAACAAUACACAAAAUCCAAUCAACAAACAAGCGGAAUCUACUGUUGAUUUGGUUACCCCUGCUGUUAACAUUGUCCCGCCCAGUUUAGCCAACACUUCCAUCCAGGAACAUCAAAUGACUUCUCAGCCUAUUGUUUCUGAUUUACCAAUUGCCAGAAGAGCUUCACUUACAAGGUUCUUAGAGAAAAGAAAAGAUAGGCUGACUGCAAAAGUACCAUAUCAAACAAGCACCCCUCAUAAACACACAGCUAAUCCUAAGAAGGAAGAAAACAAGGCAUGGCUGGGAUUGGGUGCUCAGUUUCCUGUGAAAACUGAGCAAUACUAGUACUUAGUUUUGUAGAGGAUAAUACUACUACAAUUCCAAGUUUAAUCUUGGCUUUCAACUCUCAUUGAACCCACUUAGAUCUGACUACUAUUCCCUAUUAUUAAUAAUACAUUUCUGUAAUUAAUUAAAACCAUAUAUGGUUUUUAUCUGCCCUUGUAGGUAUUCAAAUCAUCGUUUCUCAAGUUUUCAUUUGUAAUGGAAUUUUACAACAA